CGUAAGCAGGAUCGCUUUUCACGGGGCCAGGCGGUGAGUCGAGAGAGAGAGUCAGUCAGGCAGGCAGCGAGGGAGGGAGGGAUUUGUGGCUGCACUAGGGCACCAGAGCUAAAGCGCAUCGGGGCGUAGACGAGGUCUGCUGUACUUGGCUGGCAGGUAGGCAUGUAGUUGGGACUUCGUGCCACGGAGCUGGAUCUGAAAUGAGAGAAUUCUGAGCGUAGUGGUUUGACAAGGAGAUCGAAGAUUUGUGGAGCCCGGGUUCGCGAGGGUCUCGACAUGGAUGCGGGUGUUUUGCUCCCGAGUUUCCUGACCAUUUUGGUGUCUCUAUCCGCGGUCAACGCCGAAGGUACCAAACCUAAUGCUGCGAGUUGAAUUUGACGAUGAGUCGCUCUGUUGUCCUUCGUCCUCGCCCCUUGUGUCUCAUCGGCGCGUAAUUCGGCUAGUGGCAUGGCUUUGCGACUCUCGCUGAUGAAUGUGACGGUGCAUGUGUGCAUUGUAGAGUUCUCUCGCCCGUGUAUGUUUGGUUGGACCAAGUUGGGUCUCUUCUAUCUAGACACAUUUUUUUUUUUUUUUUCCUUCUCUAAAGUCUCUGUUUGUUCAUCCGAGUUUGAUCACAUGGGACGUUAGGUCUGUCACAACUGUGCUGGAGCACUCUUUCCCUCGUAUGCUUUUGUCAAUUUAGAAAUCAGAGCCGGACACGAGAAGGUGCUUUCCACAGGACAACCACUGUGCUUCUGCUCUCUGUUCUGUUCUUUCGUCAGCCUUUUAACCUCGAGUAGGGCUAGGGAUACUUGUGUCAUCUCUGAAAGCAUGAACAGCAGCACGAGUGAACUCAAUUCUUGUUAAUUUUUUUUUUUUCAUAGUUAGCUUAGCAACCAUUGAACUGUACUUCUGGGUCGUCAGUUGAUUUUGCGAUGAUUGGGGUUCAUUUAUUUUGAUGUCAUGAUAGCAAAUGAAACUUUGGACUUAUAUCAAGUCUCGUCUUUUGCUUCUCAGAACCAUUAUAAGAAUUUCACUGCAGUCUGUGAGCUAAACGUUUCAUGAUGGGGAUUUAUUCUGUAACUAAGUUCGAUGAUUAGAGCUAGGAUGAUUUGAUUGAAGCCAUGCCCCUCAGCCGUACAGUGGACAUCGAACUUUUGAAAGUCUUACACGGUCCUUGGGAUGCGGUAGCAGAACCUGGAGGGGUAGAUCUUCGGCUUAUUUUGCAAAGAUAAAAUUCUGAUGAGGCAGAGUAUACAUCCUGAUAAAAUAAUGAGUCUUAUAUAUCUAAGGUCCCAGGAAACAGGAUGAUACACCAUAGUGAACAAGGUCACAAGGCCAUACUGUUAUUAUCAAUAUCAGUUGUUGGUUUUGCGAUCAUUCACAUCAUUACUUAAUUGUUGUAAAACAGAUCCACGUCCAACCCGAGCAAACAGCCCACACGCUUUUGUAAAAGUAAACCUCUGACCUCCUGAAGUCAUGGUGGUGCAUCAGCCAAAAAAAAGGGAUGAAUGCAAAGCUUGCUUUGUAUCUGGAGUUUAAUUCAGUUGGACUCGGUCUACAGCUACCCGUCUGAUCUCAAAACUUGAAAUAUACCUUAGUUUUUCUUGCAAGUGUACAUGGAACUUGCAUCUGUUGAGUUGGUCAGUAACCUGAGUGGAAGAGAGGUCUUAUUGAUAACUGGUCAUUUCUUCUUUGAAGACGAUAAAAGUCGAAGUAAAGCGAAGGAAAUUGUAAUCAAUAAGUCGUACUUCUCCAAUUGGCUAAAUCCGACUAAGAGUUUAUUAUUUCCAGUUUGCUUUUGGUCUGGUUCGUGCUUUAAUAGAUGGAUGGGAGGAGGAUGUGGAACUGGUCGGAUUAUGGUGGAUCAGUCAGAGGAUUGCAAUGGUUUAUGUCCACAGCCUCAUUAUCCAGCCUGCCUUCCUUUUUUUACGCAUUUUCAGUGCUGCAACGAAGGUAAGACCCAAGCAUAGUGAUGAUGAUUACUUUAUGUCCUUUAUUGCCCAUAAUCGUGAUGUUCAUAUGUGAUAAGAACCCGCUUGUGUCAUCUUUGUGAAUAGGGUGGGCAAAACAUGUCUCGUCAAGGUGCAAAUACGCUAUCGCCAAAGUUGAUGUGUUUAUAUUUCAUGAUUUGUAUCGUUAUAUUUGCUAGCUUGUGUGAUUCAUUGCAGUCAGAUAACAUUGAUUGAAAUUUAAUCUUGGUAAACACAGAAACACCUAUCCCAAGCGAUGAUUGCGCACGUUGUCCAAAUAGAGUGGAAGUAGGAAAUCAUUGGAUGUGCUGUAGCGAUUGCUCGGAAGCGAAAGUCACCAAUCAUAUUGCUGAAACUGGGUUUUGCCGAAGUGGAGCCCAGCUUAGCAUUCAACCUAAGUCUCGAGAGGUACUGAGAUGGAUAACUCGCGAAUGGGGUGUCUGCUCAAAUUCUUGUGGAGGUGGAAUAAGGGAAAGAAGUGUUCGUUGCGUAGGAAGUUUGGAGUAUUCUCCGCAACAGUUAUAUUAUGUUAAUGAAACGAAAUGUGAUCCGCUUAAAAUGCCACCAAAGCAGGAAUAUUGUAAUACACGUCCGUGUCAUGGUGGUGACCACUCCCAUGCUAUAUCAUUACACCAUAAAGAGCGGCGCCACAAAGAGCAUCACAAAGAGCACAAAGAGUACAAAGAGCACAGAGUGUACAAAGAACGUCAUUCUCCUCACAAGAGGAAGGGUCUGCCUCUGUGGGCUAUCAUGAUGAUAAGCCUGGUGACUGUAUCUGCGGCGGCCGGUCUUGCAUUUGGUGCUUACGUCAUGUAUAGACGGCGAACAUCAAACGAGAAUCACGGUUUUGUAUACGUGAUGCUGGAUAGUUAUGCGUAAUUUAAAGUGACUUUUUGCUUUUGUGUGAAAUAUUCUCGGACGAAAUCCUGGUCCUUAGUCGAAUGAGUUGUAGUUAAUUGUAUAUGCUAGAAUUUUGUCAACAUCUGGUUAUCAAUCAGUGCUGUCCUUCUCUUUCGAUCAAGUUUGAAGUACUUUUGAAGGUCUAAUGUGGCCCACCUAUCUGCUUCCAAAUGGAAGCUAUUGGGUUCGUAUUUAUCGAUCUACACGAAUGUUCACAGGAGGAAUUUCGGCUAGCCUGUUCGAGAUCCAGUCUACCUGUCCUGGUGUAAUAUUCAUUUCAUAAAGUAUUCGACUUGUGCAGUCACCAUCCAGUUAUCGGAGAACCAACCGGUGCCUACCAGUCGAGGAAAGACUGCAAAACUACGGCAGUACCAAGUGAGUGCUAAAUCAGGACCGUAUCACAGUGAGCACUGUUAUCAGGGUGUUAAGAGUGUGAUUCUCCCCGGUAGAAUAGGGCAGGAAUUAGAUAUUAAGCUAAGUUCUCAGCCUUCAGGGGAAUCAAAUGUCCUUCAUUUUGAGCACUCAUAUAAUUUUGUUGGCCGUUGGACUGUCUGAUACUCUUCAACU